AUGGAGCAAGCAGUUCUUGAUGAUAUAAUCAAGCGGUUAUUAGAGGUUAGAGGCAAACCCGGGAAACAAGUCCAGUUAUCAGAGUCUGAGAUCCGACAACUUUGUGAUAUCCAUGGUCAAUAUUCUGAUCUUCUAAGGCUAUUUGAAUAUGGUGGUUUCCCUCCACAUGCAAACUACUUAUUUUUGGGGGAUUAUGUGGAUCGAGGCAAGCAAAGCUUGGAGACAAUAUGUCUUCUCCUUGCUUAUAAGAUAAAAUAUCCAGAAAACUUUUUCCUCUUGAGGGGGAACCAUGAAUGUGCUUCGAUAAACCGCAUAUAUGGUUUUUAUGAUGAGUGUAAGAGAAGGUUUAAUGUUAGGCUAUGGAAGACAUUCACAGAUUGUUUUAAUUGCCUACCAGUGGCUGCACUAAUUGAUGAGAAGAUUCUCUGCAUGCAUGGGGGUUUGUCUCCGGACCUAAAUCAUUUGGACCAGAUUCGAAACUUACAACGCCCUACUGAUGUACCAGACACAGGUUUGCUCUGUGAUCUUCUCUGGUCAGAUCCCAGUAAAGAUGUUCAAGGUUGGGGGAUGAAUGACAGGGGAGUUUCAUAUACAUUUGGUCCUGACAAGGUGACAGAGUUUCUUCAGAAGCAGGAUUUGGAUCUUAUUUGCCGUGCCCACCAGGUCGUGGAGGAUGGAUAUGAGUUCUUCGCCAACCGACAACUUGUAACUAUAUUUUCAGCACCUAAUUACUGUGGGGAGUUUGAUAACGCUGGUGCUAUGAUGAGUGUGGAUGAGACUUUAAUGUGCUCUUUCCAAAUAUUAAAGCCUGCUGAUAAGAAAUCAAAGUUUAAGCCUGGAAACACUUCAACUGGAGUUGGUGUUUUUGGGAGCACGACUACAGCUAAGCCUGGAAACCCUCCACCAGGAGUCAAGACAACCAUUGAAUUCGAAGAAACUGCAGAAUACACGGAAAUGGACUGA